AUGUUUACGAUUGGUCUAGAUUGGGGCCAAUAUUGGGCCAAGGCCCAUAUUAUACAGCGUAACUUCGCUUUUAAUGAAACCGGAGCGUAUCAGAUCAAUCCAACGGUCCAAAAUCUGACGACGCUCCAUCAAUGGAGUAACGUCUCCUCUCCCAACGGUCAAAUAAUCCUCAAGAAAUACUCCUCCCUCCUUCCUUCGUCUUCCUCAUCAUUCAAAAUCCAGAUCGAAUUCUCCGAAAAAAUGACUUCAACCGAGCACACAGAGACGCUCAACGCUCCAGAACUUCAGAUCUGGAACAACGCAGCUUUCGACGACGGAGACUCCAACCUCACAUCCGCCAUCGAAGCUUCUUCUUGGUCUAACAACCUCAACUCGUCAUUCGAUUCCGAUUGCAGCAAGGAGAAUCAGAUCCCUCUCUCCGUCUCCUCUUCGCUCAAAUCCUCAGUCUCCUUCUCCACCACCGAUGAUCCGAUUCGUAAAGUUAAAGAAAAGCCGCACAAGACUGUCAAGGCUAAAAACGUUGAUAAUAUCGAUGCAGAGAUCGAAGAAGUUGAGAAGGAGAUAAACCGGUUAUCGACGAAAUUGGAAUCGCUCCGGUUAGAGAAAGCCGAGCAGAUCGCGAGAAGUAUCGCGAUACGGGGAAGAAUCGUCCCGGCGAAGUUUAUGGAGUCUCAGAAACAGACGGUUAAGUUCGAUACAGCAGGAUCGAAAUCAAGAGCCACGCCACGUAGAGGCGUUAGCUUGGGUCCAGGAGAGAUCUACUCAGCUGCGAAGAAGUCGGAGACGACGGUGACUCCUCUUCAAUCGGCUCAGAAUCGACGCAAGUCUUGUUUCUUUAAGCUUCCUGGUAUCGAGGAAGGGAAGGCAGCGACGAAACCUAAGAUGACAGCAACGGCUCAGAAGAAAGCAGCGACGACGGGUGGGUUAAAGAGAGGGGUGAAGAAAGAAGAAAACGUUUUAGCAUCGAUUCAGCCGAAGAGGCUGUUUAAAGAAGAGGAGAAGAGGAAGGUUGUGAAGCCAGGGAGAGUUGUGGCUAGCAGGUACAGUUUGGUGAACAAGACGGGGGAGAGAGAUGUGAGGAAACGUUCGUUGUCUGAGAAUGAGGAGAAAGAGAAUCAGAGGUUGGAGAAGAGGAGAGCUUCUGAUGAGAAUAGGAAGAGUGAGGGGAGAGUUAAGAAGAGAUGGGAGAUUCCUAGUGAAGUUGAGGUGUUUUGUAGUGGUGUGAGUGAUGAGACUCCUUUAGGUAAAGAGUUGCCUAAGAUCAGAACGCUUCGUGGUCGUGUGGGAGAGAGUCCUCGUGAUUCAGGUGCUGCUAAGAGAGUUUCGGAGUUGGAGAGUAAGAAUCGUGAUUUCACGUUUUGUCAGCUUCUGAGGUUUGAAGAAUGAAUGAUGGGGUAAUCAAUUUGAGUGAAAGAAACCACAACUCUUGUUGUGGUUAUUUGAUUGUGAAUCUGGUUUGUUGCUUGCAUCAGACUGUAGAGCAAGCGAGAAUGUUUUGUGCAUUUUUGUUGGUUAUGCUUUAAUGUCUACAUACACAUAUUAGUGAUUGUGAGUUUUGUUGUCUUACCUUUUGUAAAAUAUCAGCCUCAUAAAUAAUGAAUGAUUC